CUGCGCAUGCGUAGGAAGCAAAUUUCUCUCGCGCUGUGGGCAGCCUAAUCCCAAAGUCCAAAGCUGACGACUUCAUUUUUGAGAAGAAUUUCAGCAAAGGAAACAAAGGCAUUAUGGUGCGCUCGCUAAAUUCAAUUGCUGCUGUGUGUCAGAACAUGGGAAUAGGAAAGAAUGGGCAACUUCCUUGGCCCCCGCUCAGGAAUGAGUUUAAGUAUUUUCAGAAAAUGACCAUGACACCUACACAAGAAGGAAAACGAAAUGUAGUGAUAAUGGGUAAGAGGACCUGGUUCUCCAUUCCUGAGAAAACUCGCCCUUUAAAGGGCAGAAUUAAUAUAGUACUCAGCAAGGAACUGAAGGACAUUCCUGAAGGAGCCCAUUACUUGGCCAAAAGUCUAGAUGAGGCUUUAGAUCUUCUAGAAUCAUCGGAGUUGGCAAGUAAGAUAGACAUGAUUUGGAUAGUUGGAGGCACUUCAGUUUACAAGGCAGCAAUGGACAAGCCAGUUCAUCAACUACUUUUUGUGACAAGAAUCUUGCAUGACUUUGAAAGUGAUACAUUUUUUCCAGAAAUUGAUUUAGAAAAAUACAGACUUCUACCUAGCUUCCCAGGUGUCCCUGCUGAUAUCCAAGAAGAAAAUGGCAUUCAGUACAAAUUUGAGGUGUAUGAAAAGAACUUCUAGACUUUAUAUGAUGUGACAUCUCUGCCUCAACACAGGCUUCUUACAUGGAAGUAAGCCCCACUGAAGGCAAUGAGAUUUAUUUCCAAGUAAAUAUGUAUACGAUCAGGAUGUAACUAAGUCUCUCUCUUAUGCAGUACCUGUCUCUGGCUCACUGUCUUCUCCUUCACUGCUCAGACUAGUGCAAGUGCUGCUGGUGGAGAGACUUCAUCACCACACACACAAUACAACAUAGAAACUACAAUGAAAAAGAUGUAUCUUAUGCAUGCAAGACUUCCAUACUUCCACUGAAAAACGCAUUCCAUGUUUAUAGCUGACAAUAAGUCGUGGGGUUUGUUUUUGUUGUUUCAUAAAUAAAAAUGUGAAUAAUGUA